AUGGCUGCAGAACACUAUACUACAGGGAUUGGAGCUACUUUGUAUAAAGUACAUGUAGAAGGUGGCGAGGUGGGACUAGUUGGACGUCAAAUUGCUACUAAACUUUCGGGCGAGCCUUCUAGGUACCCACCCUUUACGAGUAGCACAGCUCCUGUAGUCGUGCAGAGGGCCGCUUCAUGUACCGUGAAGUACUUCGUCAGUCCAAGUGGCAAUGGACAAAGACCCGAUAUCAUGUAUAUCUCGGGCCGUCGAAAUGGUGACAAGAACGGACCCCGGAUCAAUCGGGACCACAAGUAUAAAGCGGAUUAUCGUUUCCAUGAACUAAGGUGUCACGGAUUCGGUAUCGAAGGGGAGGAGCUUUCUGUCAUGAAAGAACUCUCCAUUUGCCCCUUUGAAAACUUAUUCGAACGGGCAAAAGGCGGGGGCAAGGUCUUAUCGAAAUGCAAGAGACUUAUGAACCCAUGCAACAGCAAUAGUCAGCUCUUCAAGAUGCUUUCCUUAAGAACCCGUCAGAGCUGCCUGACGGAGCGGCCUGGUGAUGACUACUCCAACGGUCCUAUCCGACGUACCUGCCAACUUUUUACUCUAUCACCACAAUCUGGAAAGACCACACUGUACGCUGUCACCACUCCAUCAUCCGUGGUGACCCCUCUAAGGAUGAGAUCCUUAGUCACGAUACACAAUACUGCAAUAGUGUAUCUUUUCCUACCGAAGAGGCCGUGGCAAUUCGGAUCGAUACUGGCUUGGAUGAGAUGCAAAGAUAAUGUGGCGCAGGAGAUGGCGAGAUCGACGCGGUGGCAGGAAUGCUCCAUCAAAACUGCGUUGACCUAUCUGACAACGAGCGCUGACAAGUCCAGCCUAGAGAUGCGCCAUUUGGCGUUGAAACGGUGCAUCGCCACAGCCACUUGGACAAAACAAGGCCCAGCGGUUAAUCCUUCAGACAAUGCAAGGCUUAGCAACGAAGCAGCAAAGCAACGAUUGAGGAAGUCAGGCUAUCCACAAAUCUUCGACUUCACCCAUUCACACAAGGAUAACGAGCUAAAACUCGGCCCAGCGGAACUGCUUUUCAACUGCCAAUACAUGGACGAAUCAGCCCAGGCAAGGAUAUCUGGUGUUCGUAUCAGCAUGGACCAACCGGCUAGAUCGAUGGUGAAUAUACAAGGCGUUCAGAUGCCCUGGCUAACCGAGUCUACGCAGUCCCAGCCAGUUGGUGGGCUUCAUGAGAUCUCACACACCGAGGGUAGAUCUCGCCUCUUCUGUCCCGUUUUCCAAGCCAUCAUCGUUGCCCGAAUCUCAAGUCUCAGCCCAUAG